AUGGUUUUUCAUUCUCAAGUUCCUGCUAGAUAUACUUGUAGGCUUCUUGCAAUCCCUUCUGGGAGUAUUCCUGAAGAUAAAUCUAAGAAGGAUAAUCCAGAGGAUCAACAGAGAUAUCCCUUUCCACAAUUAAAUUCUUCUGGGCGUUUGGAGGUCCAGGUUUUGUCAAAUCCUAGUAAAGAUCAGUUUUGUAGGACUCUUGAAUCGUAUAAACCGAACAUUGUUUACUUACAAGGGGAACAACUCGAGAAUGAUGAAGUUGGUUCUUUAGUAUGGGGAGGUGUUGAUUUGUCCACUGUAGAAGCGAUAAGUGGGCUCUUUAAUUAUCCGUUGCUCACCACUGUAUAUUUGGAUAUAGCAAAGGGAGAUGAAGUAGCUGAUGCACUUCACUCCAAGGGUAUUCCUUAUGUCAUAUACUGGAGGAGCACAUUUACUUGCUAUACAGCAUGUCAUUUUCGUAAUGCAUUCCUUUCAGUUCUUCAGAGUUCAUCUGCUCACACAUGGGACGCAUUUCAACUUGCACACGCUUCAUUUAGGAUGUAUUGCUUGGGAAACAACUUUGUUCUUCCUAGCAGUAGUCAUAAAGAAGUUAGUGAAGAUCUGGGUCCACAUCUUCUAGGGGAACGCUUGAAAAUAAAUGUCGAACCCCUCGAGAAAGAGGUAGCUGAUGAUGAAGAAAGUUCGUCAGAAGGAAUUUCUGUGAGUGUUCUUGAUAAUGAUGUUGAAAUGAGAUUUCUUGUAUGUGGAGAACCAGGGUCAUUGGAUGCUUAUGUAUUAGAAGCUCUGGAGGAUGGUCUUAACGCCCUCUUGGACAUUGAAAUUCGGGGGAGCAAACUUCACAGCAAGUUCAGUGCCCCUCCUCCACCUCUUCAGGCAGGAACACUCUCUAAUGGUGUUGUGACCAUGCGCUGUGAUUUAUCAACAUGCAGUUUUGCCCACAUUUCAUUGUUGGUAUCAGGUAGUGCACAAGCUUGUUUUGAUGAUCAGCUAUUUGAAAAUUAUAUAAAGAAUGAGAUUAUAGACAGAGGCGAACUAGUGCAGACACUAAUCGAUGGUGAAGGAAGCAAACACUUAUCUGAACCACGUAAAUCUACUUCAAUUGCUUGUGGGGCAACGGUUUUUGAAGUUAGCUUGAAGGUUCCUUCAUGGGCAUCUCAGAUUUUGAGGCAGUUAGCCCCUGAUGUUUCUUAUCGAAGUUUAGUGGGACUGGGCAUUGCCAGCAUCCAGGGUUUGUCUGUUGCUUCUUUUGAGAAGGAUGAUGCUGAGCGCCUCCUUUUCUUCUGCUCAAGGAAGGAAAAAGAUUUAUUUCUGAGCAAUUUAACUGAUAGCACACUUCCAAGCUGGUUGAAGCCACCUGCUCCUAGAAAGAGAUCAAAAUAUAUGAAAGAUACAAGCCUUGGUUCUCAUGAUAUUAUUGAACAUCUGAAGGUAUUGCCUGGUAGCAGAAUACAUAGCGCGAACAUGGAAAUAGGUUCAAGGAAUGGUUUUAGCACUCCCAUGUUUCCACUUCCAAGAAGGAGAGGCAUGAAAAUUGCUGCAAUGAGGCCCAUUCCUCACGUUAAUCGCCAUAAAAUGAUCUCUUUUCAUGGAAUAUCUGAGAUGGGAGGGCACAAUGGAGGCCUGCUUAAAGCUAGUGUUCCUUCUAGUAAUCCCACAAAGCAUGUGACUGUAGGUUCAGCUUCAGUUUUCCAACAAAAAGUAUUUCCAAGUGCGUCUCAAUAUAAACAAAUCAUUCCCAUGAAUCCACUACCUUUGAAGAAGCACGGUUGUGGCAGAAGUCAUAUACAGGCUUGCUUUGAGGAGGAAUUUUUGAAGGAUUUGCUGCAGUUUUUAGCUCUUCGAGGUCACAGUCGACUUAUUCCUCCUGGUGGGCUUGCUGAGUUUCCAGAUGCUAUACUCAAUGGAAAGCGUCUUGACCUUUACAACCUGUACAAGGAGGUGGUUUCAAGAGGUGGCUUCCGUGUUGGAAAUGGCAUUAAUUGGAAAGGACAGAUCUUCUCAAAGAUGCGCAAUUACACCAUGACCAAUAGAAUGACUGGUGUUGGAAACACGCUUAAAAGACAUUACGAGACUUAUCUUCUAGAGUAUGAAUUGGCACAUGAAGAUGUGGACGGUGAAUGUUGCCUGUUAUGCCACAGUAGUGCAGCAGGGGACUGGGUGAACUGUGGCUUUUGUGGAGAGUGGGCUCACUUCGGUUGCGAUAGAAGGCAGGGUCUCGGUGCAUUUAAGGAUUAUGCAAAAACUGAUGGCUUAGAAUACAUAUGUCCACACUGUAGUGUCGCUAAUUAUAAGAAGAAGAAAGUUGCAAAUGGUUUAUCUCCAGGCUUCUCCUCAAGACCAAUGUGAAGUUGAUUUGAUUUUGAGGUCAAAUUUGCGCCGACCUAUAACUAUGAAAGAACCAAACCGUUGCGGCCGUACAUAUAAAGCUCAAUUUCCUUAACUACAUGUAUCACUGUGCUAUUAACCUUAAUCUACAAGUAUAUAUAUAUAAUGUAUCCAGGAAAACAGAGAAAAAGUCCAGCAGAAAACUACUGAUUUUUUUGUAUUUUAGGGUGCAGUUGAGUAAUACUUGGGUAAUGCCAUAGGAUAUAGGAGGGGAAUGAAUACUACAGUUCUCCAACUUAGUUGAGGGCUAACUUAGACUAUGUAGAAGAUGAUGAAUUGGACAAUCCACUUGAACUUACAUGAAAGCUCACGAUUUUCCCCCUUUUAACAA